AUUAUCGUAGAGUCGCGUAUCGACGUUGAGAAUAUCACGUCCCGCACCAUACUCAGUCAAAUGAGGCUAAUGCCUCUACUCGGUAGAGACCUGGAGGGACGCUUAGACUUCUGGUGUGAGAGGUUUGUCCCAGGGUCCGAUAUGGUAGCAUCGUUGUUUGCAGCGUCAAGGCAGGUAGUUGACAUCUGUUGGGUUAUGACCAAUAACACUGAACACCAGUAUCGUAACCAGUGGACGAACUUCUUUGCUCGUGCCGCGGAUACCCUCUUAUGCUGCAGUAUCUCCAUUAAAAUGGAAUCGCAAGAUCUCAGCCGUUCAGAUGUAGAUGUCCUAAUCCGCGAUGCUGCAAUGAACAUCAAGUGCGAGUUCCCAGCAGUAGAGCUGCGAAGCGUUAUCGAGUCUAUUCCUAGUGCGUUUGGCGACAGCAACGAGGACACUGACUGGCUAAAAGUGCCGAUUGUCGAGACGACCGCGCGGGGACUGAAGAAGAACAAGAACAAGCGAAGGGUAGACGAGAUGCCUGGAGUGUUUCACAAAGAGGGUAGCCUUGCUUGAGCGUACUCAUCUCUACAUAGCAUAUAAGUGGAUGACAAGGAGGAAGUGGCGCUGUAUUCUUCACGUGUGGCUCCUACAAGCUGCAAAUACACGAUCAAGACGUACGAAAGAGUGCACGCAAGGCGCAUACAACUAGGAUUUCAGGCACGAGAUUGCU